UUAUUUAUUGUUUUGUUUCUGAUUGAUUUUAGAAAUAAAAGUUGAGAGUCGUGGAAAAUUUAACCCACACUACCAUACAAUGCUUUGGCUCCACCUCUGGAAAAUAAUUGAAUUUGAGAUGUGAAGGUGACAUCGUCAACUAUAAACCAAAGUCUUUUUUUUUUUAAGUACACGUUUUUAGGAUAAGAGGUUAUGCUAAUUAUCAUCAUCGUUGCUAAGAUUUAUCAGUAAUUUAUUAAGUGACAGUAAAUCAGUGAUAUUCUAGAAUAAGGGUUGAUUAAUAUAUAAGUUAAUGGUAAUAGGUUAUAGAUUAAUAUUAUAAUUGAUCAUUACUUAACUAAAUAAUAUACAUGUCUCGACUAAUUAAUUAAAGAGAUUUAGAAGUUUAAUUGUACUUAAAAUCUUAAAUAAAUGAAAUACAAAUAACAUUAUCUCAAGAAGAAAAAUAAUAAACGAAGUGCUUCUACAAUUUAUUGUUAUUUAAAAAAAAAAAAAAAAAACCCCAACUUUCCUUGAAAAUAAAGGCUGAGGGGUGCGUUGAUGUUUGGGAAAUUUCCGUAAAGGAUUGAAGAAAGAGAGAUUAUUUAAGGGGAUGUAUUUAAAAUUUUAAAUUAUAUAUCAGUAGGUGUUUUGUAGCUGUAAGAUUCACUGAAAGCGACACGGUUCUUGAUGACCAUUCUCACCAGUCCAACUUCUCCCGUCUUCUCCAAGGCAUUAGAGAUCAAGAAUUACCUCUCCAAUGGCCUCAACUUCUUCAACCAGCUCAAGCAUAUCCAUGCCCGCCUUCUCCGCCUUCACCUCGACCAAGAUAACUACCUUCUCAACCUGAUUCUUUGUUGUGCCUUAGAUUUUGGUUCCACAAAUUACUCUAAACUCGUAUUUUCUCAAGUUAAAGAGCCCAACAUUUUCCUCUGGAAUACCAUGAUCCGUGGCUUGGUUUCCAAGGAUUGUUUCGAUGACGCUAUCCAUCUUUAUGGGUCGAUGCGUGGAGGGGGAUUCUUACCCAACAAUUUCACAAUCCCUUUUGUUUUGAAAGCUUGUGCUAGGAAAUUGGAUGUUCGAUUGGGAUUGAAGAUUCACUCCCUCUUGGUGAAAGCAGGUUAUGAUCAUGAUGUGUUUGUGAAGACCAGUUUGCUUUCUCUCUAUGUUAAGUGUGAUAAUUUUGACGAUGCACUCAAGGUGUUUGAUGAUAUUCCUGACAAAAAUGUGGUCUCUUGGACUGCUAUAAUCACUGGAUAUAUAAGCUCUGGCCACUUUAGAGAAGCUAUUGGUGCAUUUAAAAAACUACUUGAAAUGGGAUUAAAGCCCGACAGCUUCUCUCUAGUCAAGGUCCUGGCUGCCUGUGCUAGGCUUGGUGAUUGUACAAGUGGCGAGUGGAUUGAUAGAUAUAUAAGUGAUAGUGGUAUGGGGAGGAAUGUUUUUGUGGCUACUUCUUUGUUGGAUAUGUAUGUCAAGUGUGGAAACUUGGAGCGAGCAAAUCUUAUCUUUAGUGCCAUGCCAGAGAAAGAUAUUGUUUCUUGGAGUACAAUGAUUCAAGGCUAUGCAUUCAAUGGAUUGCCUCAACAAGCGCUAGAUCUUUUCUUUCAAAUGCAGUCUGAGAAUUUGAAGCCUGAUUGUUAUACGAUGGUUGGUGUUCUGUCUGCUUGUGCAACAUUGGGAGCUUUAGAUUUAGGCAUCUGGGCUAGCAGCCUGAUGGAUAGAAAUGAGUUCUUGUCAAAUCCCGUCCUCGGUACAGCUUUGAUUGACAUGUACUCCAAAUGUGGUAGCGUCACUCAAGCUUGGGAAAUCUUCACAGCGAUGAAAAGGAAAGACCGUGUAGUUUGGAAUGCCAUGAUGGUGGGUCUCUCCAUGAACGGGCAUGCCAAAGCUGUAUUUUCAUUGUUCAGUCUUGUGGAGAAACAUGGAAUUCGGCCUGAUGAAAACACCUUUAUUGGCCUGCUCUGUGGGUGCACUCAUGGCGGUUUUGUCAAUGAGGGGCGUCAAUUUUUCAAUAACAUGAAGCGAGUAUUCUCAUUAACCCCUUCCAUCGAGCAUUACGGAUGUAUGGUGGAUUUGCUUGGGCGUGCAGGGUUAUUAAAUGAGGCUCAUCAGUUGAUAAACAACAUGCCAAUGAAGCCUAAUGCGGUUGUUUGGGGUGCAUUGUUGGGUGGAUGUAAAUUGCACAAAGAUACCCACUUGGCUGAGCAAGUACUGAAAAAGCUUAUUGAAUUAGAGCCAUGGAACUCAGGAAACUAUGUUCAGUUAUCAAAUAUUUACUCUGGAAAUCAUCGAUGGGAGGAAGCCGAAAAGAUACGGUCAACAAUGAAGGAACAGCAGAUUCAGAAGAUCCGUGCCUGCAGUUGGAUUGAGAUAGAUGGAAUUGUUCACGAGUUUCUGGUAGGUGACAAAUCACAUUGGUUAUCGGAGAAAAUAUAUGCAAAACUUGAUGAAUUAGGUAGAGAAUUGAAAGCAGUUGGUCAUGUACCAACUACAGAGUUUGUUCUUUUCGACAUAGAAGAGGAGGAGAAGGAACAUUUCCUUGGUUACCACAGUGAGAAGCUAGCUGUGGCUUUUGGUUUGAUAGCCUCUCCUCCAAAUCAUGUUAUUCGCGUUGUUAAAAACCUUCGCGUAUGUGGUGAUUGCCACGAUGCCAUAAAGCUCAUUUCUAAGAUCACUAAAAGAGAGAUUAUCAUAAGGGAUACCAAUCGGUUCCAUACAUUUAUUGACGGCUCUUGUUCUUGUAGAGACUAUUGGUGAAAAUUUUCACCUUAAAUUAAUUCAUAUGCAAUUUUGUAGAGUUUGGAGGAUCUAUUUAGUCAUCGUAGUAUAUCUUAUUUUCCUCCUCCUUGUUCAAAUUUUUGAUACCAACAUUGAUAGUAAUAAAAAGUUACUUUAACACAAUCAAUUCAAUCCCAAA